UGAGGAGGAGCCUCUUAUUAGAAGGACCCGAGUCUCUGGGCCGGGUACUCUCUUGCACCGAGCGAUCAGAGCUCCUUCUCACUCUGGGCCUCCUGCAGCUGGUGGCUCUGCUUCUGCUUCAGGCCCCCCUUCUAUCCCCAGCUUGCCGCCAUGGGCCCCUCGGUACACUCGAACGGAUGGGACGUUCGUGAAACCGAACGAGACCAUGCUGAAGGAUGGCCAGACCGCUAUGGCCUACUACAGGAGCAUGUGGACUCCGAAGGACAUUGAGGCGGCAAAGGGCCUUUCCCAGAAGGACGUGUUCAGUCGCUUUCCCCAAUCUGCUAUGGAGACAUUGUUCGGGAUGAUGGCCAUGCAGAAGCAGGUGGAAAUGGGGAACGCCAGGGCCCGAAAGUAUUCUGACAGCCUGGAGGUGGCUAAUAAAGAGAACGACCUCCUUGCCAUGAAGAAUACCGAGGUGCUGGUUCGGCUUGACAAAGCCGAGCAAGAGAGAGAUGUCCUGAAAAAGGAGAAUGAUUCCCUUCAGGAUGAGAAGGACGCCCUCCAGCUCGAGAAGAGCGUCUGGCAGACUGAGCAGGAAUCACUCAGAGAAGAGAAGGCAGAACUUCAACGUCUUCUAGCUGAUGAACACUUUGCUGUGUGUUUGUACGGCAAGUGCCUGGCGCUCGGCUAG